AUGGCAGAUUUUGGCGAGAUCCUGAGGACCAUUGGAGACUUUGGACUUUUUCAGAAACUUGUUACUUUUGGACUGUGCUUCCCAAAUCUUAUCCUGCCUUUCCACUUGGCCAGUUUGAUUUUCAUCCAGUCAGACCCUAAGCGCCACUGUAACACUGACUGGAUCCUUAGAGUUGGGUCUAAUCUGAGCACUGAGGAACAGUUAAAUCUGACUGUGCCUCGGCAGCAGAAUGGAGCCUAUAGUAUGUGCCUGAUGUAUGCCCCAGUUGACUGGGACAUUGAAACAAUCAGAGAGCAUGGACUGAAUCAGACCACCGAGUGCCAGAAAGGAUGGGUGUACGACCAGACACUGUAUGAUGCCACCAUAGUCACAUCUUUUGAUCUUGUAUGUGGCAAUGCUAAUGUUGUUGGACUUGCGCAAACUGUGUUCAUGGCCGGCAUUCUUCUUGGUUCACUCUUGUUUGGACCUUUUGCUGAAUCGUUCGGUCGCAAACGAGCAACUCAGAUACCAAUGGUUAUGAUGCUAAUUUUUACUUUAACUACAGGUCUGUCUCCAAAUUUCUAUUUGUAUCUGUCGUCCCAGUUUGCAGUUGGAAUCGCAUAUGGUGGAUUUAGAAUCAACUGCAUUGUUUUAGCUACUGAAUGGGUGGGAGUGACAAGGCGUUCCUAUGCGUCUUGUUUAAGUCAGACAUUCGCUGGAGUUGGCCAGUGCCUUCUUGCCUGCAUGAUCUUUUUUAUCCGGGACUGGAGAAUUGUCCAGUUUGUCAUGGCUGCACCAACAGCUGUAGUUGCUGUGUACAUAUGGUUUAUUCCAGAAUCAGCCAGGUGGUUAUUGGAUCGUGGUAGAACACAGGAAGCUAAAGAGUUGAUAUUUAGAGUAGCAGCCAUCAACAAGCACACAAUUCCAGAUGCUAUGCUAGAGAAGAUUGAUGAAAAGAAAGUUGUUCAGAAAGGAGGCAUACUUGUUCUCUUUAGAUCACCUGUACUUAGGAUGUAUUUCCUAACAAUUUCUCUUGCAUGGUUCUCAUUAAACCUCUCCUACUACUGUCUCUCUUUCAACGUGGGGAACUUUGGCCUGGACAUCUUCUUGACACAGCUCAUGUUUGGAAUUACUGAGAUACCAGGUCCUAUAUUAUGUAUCUUUAUACUGGAAUAUAUUGGGAGGAAGAUAUCCUUAAUGUCCAUCCUUCUGACUGGUGGUCUCACCUGCAUC